GUUAAUUAUCACCCACAAACGGUACGUACUCUUUUAUUUCUCCCCAAUUAUUUCAAGUUUUUCAACCAUACUAUUAUUAUUGGUGUGUGUAAUUACUUAAACCACAAACAAUUAAUUAGUCUUAUAUUGAUAUCUGCUGCUGUCAUCGCCGGCGAGAACCCACUGUCGUGAUGAUGGGAGAGGCUAAAGAUGUCACCUCGGCCGGCCGCCGUGAUGAUGAUCAUAUUAUUAUUCCAGCUUUUGAUCCUCCAAAGAAGCCCAUGACGAGAAACAAAUACGCCAUUGCUGCUUCCUUUUUGGCUUCUUUGGCAUCCGUUUUGCUUGGCUAUGAUGUAGGAGUGAUGAGUGGCGCAGCCAUAUACAUAAAAGAGGACCUGAAAAUAUCGGACGUUCAAGUGGAAAUUCUUGUGGGGAUAAUUAAUCUGUAUUCCCUUAUAGGGUCCGGCCUGGCCGGCCGCACCUCCGACUGGAUAGGACGCCGGUACACCAUGGUGGUCGCCUCCGUCAUCUUCUUCAUCGGAGCCGUUCUGAUGGGUUUCGCCACCAACUACGCUUUCCUUAUGGUGGGGCGUUUCGUCGCCGGAAUUGGGGUCGGCUAUGCCCUCAUGAUUGCACCUGUGUACACCGCCGAGGUUGCGCCCGCGUCGGCGCGUGGCUUCCUCACAUCCUUCCCGGAAGUUUUCAUCAAUUUUGGUGUUUUGUUGGGAUACGUAUCAAAUUUUGCAUUUAAGAAUCUGGCGGUUCACUUGAGCUGGCGGUUCAUGCUCGGCGUCGGAGCCCUUCCGUCGGCGUUGCUCGGCGUCAGUGUCUUGACCAUGCCGGAGUCGCCGCGGUGGCUCGUCAUGAAGGGCCGCCUGGGCGACGCCAGGCGCGUGCUUCUCAACACCUCCGACUCGCCGGAAGAAGCCCACCUAAGACUCGCCGAGAUCAAGGAAGCCGCCGGCGUGCCGGACGACUGCCACGACGACGUCAUCACGGCCCCAACGUCGGAGAAGCCAAGGGACAAGGCCGGCGGCGCCUGGAAGGAGCUUUUCGUCUCCUCCACGCCGGCCGUCCGCCACAUCCUCCUCACCGGCCUCGGCAUCCACUUCUUCCAGCAGGCCAGUGGCAUCGACGCCGUCGUCCUGUACGGCCCCCGGAUCUUCGAGAAGGCCGGCAUCACGUCCGACACCGACAAGCUCCUCUGCACCAUCGCCAUCGGCUUCUCGAAGACGGUGUUCAUACUGGUGGCGACUUUCACGCUCGACCGGUUCGGCCGGCGGCCGCUGCUCCUCGCGAGCGUCGGCGGGAUGGUCGUGACGCAGUUCGUCCUCGCGUCGGCGUUGACCGUCAUUGACCACUCCGGCGAGAAGGUGACGUGGGCAGUCGCCCUCGCGGUCGCCAUGACCUUAGCCUACGUGGCGGCCUUCUCUAUCGGGGCGGGGCCCAUCACGUGGGUAUACAGCUCCGAGAUUUUCCCGUUGCGUCUCCGGGCGACGGGGUGCAGCUUGGGGACGGGCAUGAACCGGGCAACAAGCGGCGUCGUUUCGAUGACGUUCAUAUCGUUGUACAAGUGGAUCACCAUAGGUGGGUCCUUCUACCUGUACAGCGGGAUCGCCGCCGUGGGGUGGGUGUUCUUCUACACGUUGAUGCCGGAGACCCAAGGGAAAACGUUGGAGGAGACGGAGGCGUUGUUUGGGACAUUCUUCAAGUGGAGGUCAAGACUGAGGGAGAUUGAUGAGUCAAGAAAGUCCAAAGGAUACAAUAAUAAUAAUGCCAACAUCCAAAUGGCAAGAGUUGGGUGAGGUUAAUGAUGAUGAUGAUGAUGAUAAUUAUAAGAAGUAGAUUAUGAUAAACACACUCUAAUGUAUGGAUUCAUACCGUUAUAUAAUACAGCUCUCUAUUAUCCUCUCCGUCAUUAUAAGGCUAUAUGUUAUAGGGUUUGAGGAAGUGGCAUGUCUCUUCUUCAAGCUCCAUCGCACUACUCCACCAUGCGGCUACCGCUAUAGAGGGGCAUGGUCCCUUGAUGGGUGAUGGCUUGAUGUUAAUAUGCCUUGAAUCUGUAUUGUGUUUCUGCUACGUAUGCAGAUAAGUAAAUGGUGCCUCCGUUC